AACCGAUGACACCAGAAGGAAACCCUAAAACCAGUUGAGAAUCGAAUCAACUCUAUGGAUUUUGCCUUAGACGAAUAAUUUGUUCACGAGCAGAACGAACUGUUGGGGACAAAUGGGCGAAAGAGAGACGGAAAUUGAAGUCCGAACCCUAACCGGUGAAACGAUCACAGUCUCCAUUUCAUUGAAUAGCACAAUUCAUGAACUCAAGCUUCUCCUCAAACAAAUCUUUCCUCCCGCAACCACCUCCUCGAACUUCCACCUUUUUCUCAAGGGCACGAAACUAGGUUUGCAGAGUCAGAUAAGUAGUAACUUGAUUAACCAUGGAGAAUUUAUCGUUCUUAUUCCAUUUACGAAGAAGGACAAGCAGCAAACAGUGAAGCAAGGGGCGAAUGAAACAAAUUCUCAAAAUCUCCAUCAGUGUUCCACCUCAAAAUUUGCUGAAUUAGCUUGGUCUGAUAUGAUGCAAGACCUAUCCUCUCUCCGGGAUCGAGAGACUGAUGGCAAUGAGAGUCAUUCUCAUGUUGACGUUGGAAGCACCAAUUCUGACAAUCAAAACAAAGCAAAUAAGAGAAAUUGUAAGAGCUUGUUUGAUGAGGCAAUACAUGAGUUUUUGAACACAUUGCAGUCAUGUCACAAUGAUGAGUUGGAUGAAAAGAGUUGCGAGAGGUUUAUGCAGAUUUUGGAGUCAGUUAAUUGUUUAUCUGAUCCAGGAACCAGGAAUUGUAUAAUUGGGACUGCAAAUAUACGAGCCAGUGAAAUCAACUGUACUGCUCACAGUAGCUAUUCAUGCUUUUGUCCAUCAUGGCUGAAGGUUCUAUUGAAGGCGUUUUAUUUCUUGAACAUUUACUGUACUUUUCUUCAAGUGCAGCAGAAAAAAGUUACCCAGCAUAGUUUGGAGGGAGGACUGCAUCAGCUAUGCAAGUUUGGACUUGGAUUUGAAUAUGCUGAUCUUGAGAAUCUUGCUGUGCUCUGUCCUCAGGUAAUUGAAUAUAUUAUAGAACUGUACGACUAAGUAAUUACUGAGGCUUAUUAGCUUAAGUGAUUUCUAGAACUGUAUCAUCCCAUCCUUGGGUUCUGCAUAAUGAAUUACUGGGGGUGCAUCAAGAUGCGGAGAAAUUUUUUUAUCUAGUGGAAUGUGGUUUCUGGGUCUCUAAAAAACUUACUAGCAUAAGUAUAGGGGUGUAAACAAG